UGUUCGGUUUGUCAAGGGCUUUUGUGAGAGAAAGAACAGGACGCCGUUUUUACCCGCAAGACAUGGGGGAAGACUACCACGGUGUAGGCUUCAUAUGACAUUGUUGCUGUUGUAGCGAUACCGACGGACGACACCAAUGGUUUAUCUAACGGGAGCUCAGUGCGAGGGACGCAGUAUCAAGCUGGGUUCCCCUGAUGUGAUGUUCGAUGCCAGCACCUGGAGGAUACGCAACAUCUGGGACGGGGUGAAACUAGAGGUCGCCGGGGAUGCGAGCCCUGUUGUCUUGCAUAGCUUCACCCAACUGGACCCAGACCUUCCGCAGUUGGAGGGCAAUGACCCAACACACCUCCAGGCUGUGUAAGGGCUAUUUGACCAAGAAGGAGAGUGACAGAGUGCUGCAUCAGAUGACCUGGCCUCCACAAUCACCUGACCGCAACCCAACUGAGAUGGUUUGGGAUGAGUUGGACCGCAGAGUGAUGGAAAAGCAGCCAACAAGUACUUAGCAUAUGUGGGAACUCCUUCAAGACUGUUGUAAAAGCAUUCCAGAUGAAGUUGGUUGAGAGAAUGCCAAGAGUGCGCAAAGCUGUCAUCAAGGCAAAGGGUGGCUACUUUGAAGAAUCUUGAAUAUAAAAUAUAUUUUGAUUUAACAUCAUUCCAUAUGUGUUAUUUUGUAGUUUUGAUGUCUUCACUAUUAUUUUACAAUGUAAAAAUAAAGAACCCCCUGCCCACACACCCUCAUCCAAGGGUUAUGUGGCUGUGUGUGCACUCUG